CAACGGCUCUGUCAUUCACCGUUACUUAUCUCUCUAUGUGUAUUUAUAUUCCACACGAUAAGAAAACCCGUCAUCUGAUAAUGGCAAGGUUCACAGUCUUAGCGCUAUGUGUUUUCUUUAUUGACUACGUUCUUUCUGAUACUGUAAAUAUUGACGAGCAGGAAGUUUCACUUUCCAAGGACAUAGCUUUGUUACGGUACGUCAGGCUGUCUUAACGUUGCAGGAUACGGUUAGAAGCCAAGGUGUCCUCAUUACUGACCUCUGUCAGAGUAACCAGCAGCAGGAGAAACGUAUAGAGGAACUGGAAGCUGCUCAGAAGAACACCGACGAACACCGCCAGCAGCAGGAGAAACGUAUAGAGGAACUGGAAGCUGCUCAGAAGAACUCAGACGAACACCGUAAGCAGCAGGAAUACUGGUUAAAGGAUUUAGUGUCCAAAUUCAUCUCUGAUAACAUGGUGUCGUCUGAGAACACCAAACACACAGAUAAAACCAUACAAAAUGCCAUUGUAAAGGGUAAAGGCAUUAAACGUGAGAAAAUAGAUCGAAAAGUGCGUUUACUUGCAUCUUUGAUUCCACCUACUAAUACGCCUCCUGUUGAGGAGGGAAUCGUCGCCUUCUAUGCUCAGAUAUCAAAAGAUGAAUCUAAUCCUAGUGUUCAUCAUACACUGAUAUUCGACAAAGUGCGUACAAAUGUCGGAAACGGAUACAACGGAGUGACGGGAAUAUUCACUGAGCCACGUGAAGGCAUCUAUGUAUUCAACUGGGUCAUUAGAAUGCACAAUGCUCAACAUUCAACCGAACUACUGAUUAACAACGACAUCUUCGGCGCUGCAUUUUUGCGCGCGAAAAAUGGUGACGAUGGGUCUGUAAGCGGAACUGCAGUUGCGCAUGUCGGAAAAGGAGAUGUUGUAUUCGUGCGUACUCACUUCACGCUUGGUGGAGAUGGUAACAUACUUAGUGAUUUGUAUAGUUAUACAACAUUCUCUGGGUGGUUGCUACACUAGGUUAUGACUGAGAUUCUUUAAUAAAAUUUAGAUUUAGAUUACGGUC